GGCGGGCGUCUGGGGCGGCCGGAGGCUCAGCGGCUCAGCAGUUAGCCGAGAGCGAGUACGCGGUCCCCCUACGGAACUUCUCCGCGGCCGUCCCGGCGGUAGCCGUCUGUCCCCACCUCCCUCAUGUCCCGCAAGGCGAGCGAGGACGUGGAGUACACGCUGCGCAGCCUGAGCAGCCUGAUGGGCGAGCGGCGCCGCCGGCAGCCGGAGCCCGGGGCACCGGGAGGGGAGCGCAGCCUGCUGGCCGCCGAGUCGGCCACCAGCCUGCAGAGCGCGGAGCUGGAGCGCGCCGCACGCCGGCAGUUCCAGCGCGAUGAGACCCCCGCCUUCGUCUACGCGGCCGCCGCCUUCUCGGCGCUCGGCGGCUUCCUGUUCGGCUACGACACCGGCGUGGUGUCCGGGGCCAUGCUGCUGCUGCGGCGCCAGAUGCGCCUGGGCGCGAUGUGGCAGGAGCUGCUGGUGUCGGGCGCGGUGGGCGCGGCCGCCGUCGCGGCGCUGGCUGGAGGGGCCCUGAACGGAGCCCUUGGUCGGCGCAGCGCCAUCCUGCUUGCCAGCGCCCUGUGCACCGCGGGCUCUGCCGUGCUGGCCGCCGCCGCCAACAAGGAGACGCUGCUGGCCGGCCGCCUAGUCGUGGGGCUCGGCAUCGGCCUUGCUUCCAUGACAGUGCCCGUGUACAUCGCCGAGGUUUCUCCACCUAACUUGCGAGGUCGGCUGGUCACCAUCAACACCCUCUUCAUCACAGGGGGACAGUUUUUUGCGAGUGUUGUCGAUGGAGCCUUCAGUUAUCUGCAGAAGAAUGGAUGGAGGUACAUGUUGGGACUUGCAGCAAUUCCAGCUGUUAUACAGUUUCUUGGAUUUCUCUUUUUGCCCGAAAGCCCUCGGUGGCUCAUUCAGAAAGGACAGACUCAGAAGGCCCGCAGAAUCUUGUCUCAGAUGCGUGGCAAUCAGACUAUCGAUGAGGAGUAUGACAGCAUCAGAAACAGCAUCGAGGAGGAGGAAAAGGAAGCUGGCGCAGCUGGACCUGUAAUCUGCAGAAUGCUGAGUUACGCCCCUACUCGCCGGGCAUUAGUUGUGGGAUGUGGUUUACAGAUGUUCCAGCAGCUCUCGGGCAUCAACACCAUCAUGUACUACAGCGCAACCAUCCUGCAGAUGUCUGGCGUGGAAGACGACAGGCUUGCAAUAUGGCUGGCUUCCGUGACGGCUUUCACCAACUUCAUUUUCACACUAGUGGGAGUCUGGCUCGUUGAGAAAGUGGGUCGCAGGAAGCUUACCUUUGGCAGUUUGGCAGGUACUACCGUAGCCCUUAUUAUUCUUGCUUUGGGAUUUCUGCUCUCAGCCCAGGUUUCCCCACGGGUCACUUUCAAACCAGUGGCUCCUUCAGGUCAAAACGUCACCUGCACGGGAUACAGUUACUGUAAUGAGUGUAUGCUGGACCCAGACUGCGGUUUCUGCUAUAAGAUGAACAAUUCAGCUCUCAUCGAUUCCUCCUGUGUUCCAGUUAAUAAAGCUUCUACAAAUGAGGCAGCCUGGGGCAGGUGUGACAACGAAACCAGGUUCAAAACAGAAGAUGUGCACUGGGCCUACAGCUUCUGCCCAACCCCGUACUCCUGGACAGCGCUCCUGGGCCUGGUCUUAUAUCUUAUCUUCUUUGCACCUGGAAUGGGACCAAUGCCUUGGACGGUGAACUCUGAAAUCUAUCCUCUCUGGGCAAGAAGUACAGGAAAUGCAUGCUCAGCCGGAAUAAACUGGAUUUUCAACGUCCUGGUUUCAUUGACCUUUUUACACACUGCUGAGUAUCUUACAUACUAUGGAGCGUUCUUCCUCUAUGCUGGGUUUGCAGCGGUGGGACUGCUGUUCGUCUACGGCUGCCUUCCUGAAACCAAAGGGAAAAAAUUAGAGGAAAUUGAGUCGCUCUUUGACAACAGGCUGUGUCCAUGCGGCGCUUCUGACUCCGACGAAGGCAGAUACAUUGAAUACAUUCGGGUCAAGGGGAGUAACUAUCAUCUCUCAGACAACGACGCUUCUGAUGUGGAGUAAUUUUCAGCUGAUUACAUUUUAGUCACUGAAUCAAGUGUGGGGAGAAGGCCAGCGCUUAGACACUGCCCUGCUCACAAGCUGAGUCUCCCCACAGUCCUUCCGAAUGACUCCAUGUUUUAGAAGACUUGAUGAGGAACUAAAUACAACCAUAGUGAUGUUUAUUUUCAUAAGCAGAAAUGCUAAAAAAAGAAAACCCACAGAUUUUUCUUAAACAAAUGUUAUAAUCCCUUCCUGAGACAGUCUAAACAUUACUGUUGUACCCAGUGACUUCAGUAGAACCCCUUUCUCCUAAGACCAUAUACAAUUAUUAGUCGCAAUACAGUCAAAGGUAAUCUAGGCAGAUUAUAUAUGUACAUUUAUAAAGGAUUAUUUAAGGUGACAUAAAGGUAUUUAUUGCCAAAACAAGGCCUAGGAGACCCUAAAUUUUCAUACCAAGUAGUGGCUUUUCUAUGAUCGAUCAGUUGGUACAAAGUGAAUUCCAUUUACACACCCAUCCACAAACUAAGAAGUCCUAUAAGGACAUGGCUGGCCCUCUCUCCUUUCCAUUCCGGAUGUUGGCUUCUGUCUCCAACACAGAUACAAUAAUUUCUUCAGAGACUGAAUACCCAGGAUCUUUUGAACACUAUCCAAAGCAGGCCCUCUAGGGGUUAUUUUCAUACUUUUUUGCAUUGGUGAUGAGUAUAUUUGCACAGAUAAGCUAGCAUGUUUUGAUAAGUAUAUUUUGUUGUCAAAGUGAGAAAGAGCAGAUUUUUAUAUACCCCGACCCAUGCGUCUCAAUCGCGUGCGCAGAUGGAAUGUGAGUAUGAUGGAGAGCGGUGCCCAGUCACCAGCUGUGCUCCGGGGCCAGUUCAGCCCCCACCAGACUCUGCACACUGUCACUCCCAGCCUCCUGUUGCUCUGUGCCUUCCUUGGUGUUACAUGACAGCUGCUGGCAGACUGGUUUUCUCUUUCCGAGACUCCAGAGGAAAGGAGGCAGUGGCAGAAACAGUUAUUGACAUUUAAUUGAAGUCCUAGGCCUUCUUUCUCCACAUGUUUUAUUGGCUCUUCCAAAGGAUGGGGGCAUACCUCACUACUAAUUACAUGUAUUUUUCCCCUGAGAACAUAAGCCAGUUUUAAUUCUGUCUUCUUUUCUCAUCCCUAAUAAUUUGCUACACAACCAAAAUUCAGAGCUGUGUCUGUUUCUUUAUCUCAUAUUUGGUUGUUUUUUUUUUUUUUGUCUGCUCUAAAAAUUGAGAUUUCUCCUUUGGAAAAGACAUGGAUGGGUUCUAAUGUUGCAGUCAGUAACCGUUGACUAACCUUUAGACAUAUCUCUCAAAGUAUUUGGUGGUUUCUGUGUUCAUUCAACAACGAAUUCCUAAUUCUCACCACCCUACUAAGAGCUGCGUGGCACAAGCAAAAUUCCUUUGCUACAAAACUCAUUUGCAGGUUCCGAAGCUAUGGAUGAUCAAAGGACCAGUUGGGAUCAUCAGUUUGAUGUUUCGCGCGAUGAUUUAAACACCUUAUUAGGUUCCAUAUCCAAGGGAUAAAAUGGAAAGAUUUUUUCCAGCCUCUAAGACAUUUAUUCUUCUUCUAAAGUCUGACUUACUCUUACCAAAAUUCCCAAGCUAAGACUCUAGUGAAGGAAAUUUAUCUUCCGGUCAGCGGAGGUACUUCCAGGCUCUUCCGUGGCCUACAAAUUCUUCAACCAAAAGAGAAAGUUCUCACUGUUUGUUUGUUUAAUGUUAUUUUAAAAAUUUAAUAUAGUAUUUUGGAAAAUUUUUCUCUCAAAUUAGGUGCUUUGAAAUUUAUUUAUAGAGAAUAUUAGUACUGAUGUUUCUCUAGCACAGAAGAUAUUAUUUAAUAGGAUGUAUUAUUUGAUAUUCCCUAUCGCUUUAGAAGUUUCUUAUCUCAAUAGCAUUUUACAAGAUCAAAUGAGCUAUUAUGUGGUAUAGUUAGUGCAUUAUGGGAAGAAAACAAUGAGCGAAGUUCUCCUUUUAAACAUGUAUUUUUUUAUGAUUUGUUCAACUGGUUGCCUCAAUUCUUCCCUUCAUGGGCCACGUAGCCUUAAGCACACAGGUGUCUGCAGCUGGGCUGACACAUGGGACCCCACGUGACGCAAAGCGACCGCCAGUGUUGUUAGUCCUGAAAGCCAGGUGUGAUCUGUUCUAGCUGACAUAAAAACAUGUCCAUAAAUUAACAUAGUAAUGGGAAAUUGUCCACAAAUCUCUCGCCCUAUUCCUUUCCUCAUUUCUGAAAAUGAUUUGUUAUUUAUAUAGUUACAAUAUUCCAUACUUUUAAAUUUAAAAUACAAGACAGAGAAACCCAUAUAAGACUUCUUUAUAACUUUUUAAAAGCAGCUCGAUACUUGAAGAGGAGCCUUCUGUAAUUCAGGUAUGCUUUUAGACUUGGUGAACAUUGAUCGCACAUUAAGAGUUCCAUGGUGGAAUUUUUCAGAUUUUUAUUCUAUUAAACACCUUGUAUGUUUCUAGUGUCUCUGACCAGCACAGUCAACAUAUAUUUCCUAGUAUGAUUUCUAUGUUAUAUAAUUUGAUCUGACACACUAAAAUAGACAGAUUAAGCAUUGUACUUGCCACUGUAAGGAUUGCUACACCUACUCAGUCACUAUGUUAAACAUGGCUUUGGAUAUAAAGAGAGAAAAUUUAAACAAAAGGUAUUUCCGGGAGAAUGACAGCAGAAACAUUUAAGUAAGAUAUCAGUGCAGCCCACUUUCAGAUACAAUCUUAGUACUUGCUACGUCCUCUAAAGUGAGAGAUCGGGAAAAACACUGCUUUUGUGGAUUUUUGCUGUUGUUUUAGUUUCUAUUCAACAGGGGGAAAGACCAGGAAAAACAAACUGACAACUUGCCCAUUUACUUUAUAAGAGCAAAGUCAAAUCAAAAUGCAUUGCGGAUAAUCCUAAACCUUGCGGCAGGGAGGUGAUGUUUUAGACAGUGCUCCCCACACUUUAAAGCCGAGUGUAAUAUCUUUUUCAGUUAUCAAGGUCAGACCGUUUCCCUAACUUGGAGUGAAAGAAUUAGAUGAUGCAACCAGGCCAAGAGUGCAGGAUUCCUGGUACAUGCUCUCUAGAAAACUAUACUUACUACAUUCUAUCUUACGCUGCAAAGUUAUAGGUGAAAUUUAUAGUUCCAAAGUAGCUACUGCCUAUACAAGACUCAGCUGUGUUCUCUGAGUUCAUUCUUCAUGUCCUUCGGCCUCUGAAUUUCUACCAGUCCUCGGGUCAUGCACAGUAAGGUUGGACAGUUCCAGGUCCUUCAGUUCUCCAAGGCGAGUACCAAUGCUGCCACCUUCUGGGAACUGCAAUCAGUUGCAAAUGCCAAACAGCCAAUUCUGCUGUUCUUUGUAUGCUGUUAGGAGAAGAAAGUACUUAUGUGCCAAUAAUCACCAGAGAGUUGCUUUAUAAGUAUUCAUGUUUGGGAAUACCAGGAAGUGUUUUAUCAUCAUCAGACUGUGCUUGUGGGUACAGAGCAGUGUGAUUCUCUAAAUCUUCACAUGUCCAGCAUAGUCUAUAGCACUUGAGUAUCUGGUCAGCAGGAUCAUCAAUGCCGUUAUUUACAGGUAAUAUUCACAUUUUCGAUCAUGGGAUUGAUUUCGUCAUAUUCAUACAAACAGAAUACGAUAUGGACUGUGCAGAUAAUCAGUAUUCAAACUUAUGAAUCUAUACUUUACAAAGUUUUAAGAUUUUUGCUGAAUUCAACAUUAUCCUAUUUCACUUAAAAUUUAGACAGUAUAAUGUUAACUCUAGCCAAAGUAGAAAUUUAUGUCCUAUAUACAUGUCUAGAUUUUCUGGUGGCUCCUAUACCAUGUCUCACUUGAUAUUACAGUACUGUUUGUAAUAAAUGUUCUAAUUUCUACUUAGGAACUCUAAAUAUACAUCUCUAUUAAAUCAGGAGUUUUAUGCUUUUAGAGGCGUACGUAUUUUGAGCUCUACAUUUUAAUUUUCUGAGUGCAUGUUCUAUACUGUUUAAUACUUGACAUAUCUCGGCAAAUAUAGUCUUUUCAUUCCUGCCUGUGACAUACAGACUAUCUCUUGAAAACUGCCAUUGUCCCAUUUACCAAAUCAUGCUAGCCUAUGCUGUAUCAAAAGUAUGGUAUAUUUUAUGGAGAUUUAGUGAUAUACAUGUAAAUGUUUUUUAAGUUAUUUUAUUGAACUUCGAUAUUUACAUAAAGUUACAAUCUUUUUUUAAAGAAAGUGUCAGUGCCAGAACCGUAUUUAAAAAAAUUAUCAAAUAAA